AGUUGCUCAUGGAUCGUGUGGCGCCUACCAGAGUGGAAGAUAGUGAUUACCGCGAACGCUCACCUUAUCAAUACGGCGGUCGACUCCGCAGAGUGCACGGGUUUGGGAAACGGGGUGCUCGCGGCUUUGGAACAUGGCGCCGAGGAUUUGAUCAUUGCUGGAGACUUCAGGCUCAAGAUCCGCGAAUCACUGGGGAUUCGCUCAUGCGGUGCGGACAUGUUGAUGAGUCCGAUACGGAGUAGCGAGAGGGUCGCAGCACGGAUGCAGUCUGCUAAAUAUCUCCAUGUGACACGAGACUACAACGCUGCUGCGAACUCACUGGCGUCU